AUGCAUCCCUCGAACUUCGCUCACUGGUCUCUCUCUGCAGCCCGCGACCUCACCCUCGAAGCCGCCCGCGAUGCCAGCAAUGUCCGCCGAGCGCCGACAAAAGAGUUGCCCUCGGGCCAGCUCAAGAAGCUCCUUGACAGCAGAUCAGAGCGCGAUGUGCUUGAAGGACUGCGUAGAGUCGUCACUGUAGGAAGGCCCCGCCACGGUCCCGAGACCAGCCCAUUGGACGCUAUGUCCUACCGACAGCCGCCUUCGCAAACGCUGCCCUUCUUCUCCCACGUGAUCAAGAACGUCGCAUCCCCCUCGCUCCAGGUCAAGAAGCUUGUCUACAUCUACCUCCUCCAACAUGCCGAACACGAACCCGACACCGCGCUCCUCUCCAUCAAUACGAUCCAGAAGUCGCUCACGGACACGAAUCCUCAGCUUCGCGCCCUCGCCCUACGCGUCAUGUCGAGUAUAAGGGUGCCUGUGAUUAGCCAGAUUGUGAGCUUGGGCAUAAAGCGCGGUUCUGGAGACAUGUCAGCAUAUGUCAGGAGGGCAGCAGCUCUGGCGAUACCAAAGUGCUACAGGCUGGAUCCAAACACCGAGCCGCAGCUAUUGGAAUACCUUUCGACAUUACUGGGCGACAAGCAGUACUUCGUGACGGGCGCAGCUGUAUCGUCUUUCUUGGAGCUAUGUCCUGAACGUCUGGAUCUCAUACAUCCGCACUACCGCUCAUUAGUACGAAAACUUGUCGACAUGGAUGAGUGGGGGCAGUUGGCUACACUGCGGCUCAUGAUGAUAUAUGCAAGAAAAUGCUUUCCGCGCCGGACAAAGAAGGUCAAGAAGGCAGCUGGGGCCAGCACCAAUAGCAAACCUACACAGUCGACGAAAGGCUUCUACGACUCGGAAAGCGACUCGGAAGAAGAGGAAAAGGAACAAGAACAGGAUAUGGAGGAAAUUGCUGUGCUAGAUCCCGACCUCGAACUGCUGCUGAAAGGCUGCCAGUCACUCUUGCAGUCUCGGAACGCGGCUGUGGUGAUAGCGGUGGCAAGGACGUACUUGUAUCUUGGUACCCCGGAGUACCUGACGCAGGCCAUUGGCCCGCUGAUAUCUCUCCUGAGAUCUGCAGGAGACAUUCAGCACAUUGCACUGUACAAUAUCGUGCAAGUCUGCCUGACACACCCGGAGCCAUUCGUCAAGUACUACACACAUUUCUUGGUGCGGUCAACCGAUGCACCACAUAUAUGGCAGCUCAAACUGGAACUGCUUACUCUGAUAUUCCCUCAUGCACCUCUAAGACUACAGAGCCUGAUCUUGGCUGAGUUGAGCCAUUUCUCCCAUUCUGGAAGCUUGGAUCCAGCAUUGGUCAAGGAGUCAGUGCGCGCAAUCGGCCGCUGCUCGCAGAGCCCUGCAACAAGCCCACAGACCUCCGCAAGAUGUCUGAAGCUGUUGCUAAAGCACAUCGGAUCUGCCGACACUCAUCUGGUAGCCGAAUCGCUGGAAGUCAUCCGACAUCUGAUCCAAAGAGAUCCUAACGCUCACCGAACAACUGUAGUCCGGUUAGCUAAACAUUUGGACGCAGCAACGAGCCCUCAGGCACGAGCAAGCAUUAUAUGGCUGGUCGGAGAGUUUGCAGGGAUCGACCCAGAGAACAACAUCGCUGCUGAUGUCUUACGUAUCCUUGUUAAAGGCUUCGCGGAUGAAGCUGAGCCGGCAAAGCUCCAAAUCGUACUGUUGGCAGCGAAGGUCUAUGUACAUCACUUGACUGCAAACCCUCCUCCAGAGCCGAAAGUGGAAGAGCCCAAACCGAGUCCGUCGCUCAUGGAUGAUUUUCAAGAAGACCAAGGCGGCUUUAGGGACGAGCAUCUUGAGUCCGCCCCACAGAACGCGGAGCCUGAAGAGGAGAAACCACACAUUAUUGAAGCUCUAUACAAUUACGUUCUCCUGCUCGUGAGGUACGACACCUCGUACGAUCUCCGCGACCGCGCUCGCGUCUACAAAGCACUUCUAGCGACACCAACAUCGACACAACUCGCUUCGCUCUUACUUCUCGCGCCGAAGCCAGUACCACACAUUCCCAGCCCAAGUGAGACCAGAAAGGGCUACGUGCUCGGCAGCGCUAGUCUCGUCAUCGGCGACGAAGGCGGUGUAGGUGGUCUACGAGGCUAUGAGGAUCUGCCCCGUUGGGUCAAAGAAGGUGACGAACCAGAUCCAGCUCUACGCGACGAGGUCGUCUCAAACUCUUCUUCGACAUACGUAUCAGCAUACGAGACCGCGAAGAACAUGUCAGCGGCGGAGAGGUUAGACGCUGCAGCAGGUGGUAGCAGCAGGAUGACGCCAGACAGUAUGUUGAGUCCACGAAGUCUGAACGGCAUGGGCGGAGAUUCUAGUAUGGGUGGUGCGAGUAAAGUGCCACAGAAAGAGAAGACGCUGGACGAUUGGCUGGCCGAGGAAGAAGAGGAGAGUAGCAGUGAAGAGGAAACCGACGAAGAGGAAGAAACAGAGGAGGAGAGCGAAUAUGAAACAGACAGUGAAGAGGAGACUGAUGAUGACGAAAGAGGGAACCUCAUCAAGUAG